GACAUUGUCAAUGGCCUGAAGAAAUCUCUACAGCGCACACACUAGAUUGUAGUAUGUAUAUAUAGACACGCGAAACAGAGCAGGAGGGGGGAGGGAGGCGGAGGGAAACUCCCUGUCUCAGGUUGAAUUCUGUAGAGAGAGAGAGAGAGAAGCCCGAGAAGAAAUGGGUGUAGAAUACCAGCCCAACCACCACCACCACAACGGCGGUGGAGAAGAAGGAAAAGAAGGGCACUUUGACUCAGCUCCUCCUCUGAUACUUGGCCUUCAACCCUCUGCCCUAGUCGACCACGUGGCCAAGGUCGAUUGGUCCCUUCUCUCCCAAAUUCCCGGCGAGUCUGGUGGUUCCUUCCCCGUUGAAAUUGAAGAGCUUGAGCAUAUAUUGGGUGAAGUGAAAACCCAUUUUCUCUCUUCCCCUAAUGAUUCAACUUCUUCGAAGACAAUAGCAGGGGGCAGUGUUGCUAAUACUAUUAGAGGCCUGACUUCUGGCUUUGGGCUAUCAUGUGGUAUAAUUGGGGCCUGUGGGGAUGAUGAGCAAGGAAAAUUGUUUGUUCGCAACAUGAGCUUUUAUGGAGUGAACCUCUCCAGAUUGAGGAGGAAUAAAGGAUCUACUGCUCAGUGUGUUUGCCUUGUUGAUGAGUUGGGUAAUCGUACGAUGCGACCCUGUCUCUCAAAUGCUGCUAAGAUUCAGGCCGAUGAACUAAUGAGAGCAGAUUUUGCAGGUUCCAAGUGGUUGGUAAUGAGAUAUGCCAUAUCCAAUUUGGAAAUCAUGCAUGCAGCUAUUCGGAUUGCCAAACAGGAGGGCCUUCUAAUCUCCCUUGAUUUGGCCAGUUUUGAGAUGGUUCGGAAGUUCAAAUUGCCUCUCCUACAGCUUCUGGAGUCAGGGAAUAUAGACCUUUGCUUUGCCAACGAGGAUGAAGCAACAGAGCUGCUAAGGGGUGAAGAAGGUGCCAAUCCUGAGGCGGCUCUUGAAUUUUUGGCAAAACACUGCCAGUGGGCUGUUGUGACAUUAGGCCCUAAUGGAUGCAUUGUGAAACACGGAAAAGAGACUGUUCGUGUUCCAGCCAUUGGGGAAUCUAAGGCAAUUGAUGCCACUGGAGCAGGGGACCUAUUUGCAAGUGGGUUUUUGUAUGGAUUGGAAAAGGGGCUGUCGCUUGAAGAAUGCUGCAAGGUGGGCUCGUGUAGUGGCGGCUCUGUUAUUCGGGCUCUUGGGGGUGAGGUCACACCAGAGAACUGGCAAUGGAUGUAUAAGCAAAUGCAGACCAAGGGCCUAACUAUCCCCAGCAGUGGCAAAUGAGUACUGAAAUUUUGGGGUGCUUUUGCCAUUGUUUGACAAGACCAUGUCAUUUGGUUAUGAUUUUAGGUUAUGUUUGAUUAGUUGGAUUACUAACCAGGAGAUAAAUAAUCUCAUGGAAUGAGUUAUCUCGCCAGACUAGGGAGUUCCAAUGUCAGAUUCCCUAAGGUACUUGAUAUUAAAUCUUCUGAGGGAGUUAUUAUCCAACUCAAAAUUGAUUGACAA